AUGUGGCGGUGCAAUUGUGGCGGUUGCUGCCGCAACAACCAAAACACUUUCCUGCUACAUCUUACUACAGUAAACUUCGAUAUUCUAACCAUGUUGCUCGACGAAGAUCCUGGCACGCUCAUUCACCACACCAUUGGCAAUUUCAAUAUCCAGCCCGAUAAGCAAGCCGUCACGCGCAUCAAUGACUCGCUCUCCACGCUCCAACAGUCGCGCGACCUGCGUAUUCGCGAGGCGGAAUCUUCCAUGCGCAAACUUGCCCGUCAUCUGAACUCCCUGACAACCCAACAUGAAGAGGCAGUGGCCGUGCAUGACUCGAGUAAACACGCCGCGGAGAUCGUCGAGCUCGAUACCCAAAAGUUCCGAACUGCCAAGGCUGCUUCGGACUUGGAGAUCGAAAGCGAACGACUCGAAAGUGAACUGGAGAUGCUGAAAGAACGACUCGCUGACUUAGAGUCACAAGGCUUGGAGGGCGACGAGUCUACGCGCCGCGAACGGGAGGCGGAUGAUGCGACAAUAUUGCGAUUGAAAGUCUUCCGCUCGCUUGGCAUUGAUAUCGAGCCUGACGAUGCGGGCAAUUUCAGCCGUGCUGUUAUUCGCAAUAGCCGCAAGGGCGAUGUACACGUCGUCAAUAUCGAUCCCAAGUUCUCCAGAUUUUUCUACUCAAAUUACUUCUGGUCAACAAUGCAGGGCUAG